GAAAGCAGGAGCUUGGAGUCUCGACAGUCGACACCUGACUCCGACUCCGAGACUCUGCGAGUCAGCGUGCACCAGCUCCGCCAGCCAAUCGGACUCGGUGAUUCACAUCCCCGUCUGGCCGUUCCUCUCCCUGUCCGGCCGGUGCUGCUUAACCCUAGCUGUCGCGCCGCAGUCGUCCGCUGCGGCACCGGCGCACCGCCCAUCGCGUCACCGCUGGCCGACAACUCGGCAGGAGGGGUUGCGGCCGCCCGGCGUGAAGCUUCACCAGCUCCGCCACUGGCCAUGGCCAACGGGCUUCCGAACCCUCCCUGCGCCGUCCUCACCGCCGACGCUGCCCGAUCCCUCGUCGAUUCCGUCGACGCCUUCCUCUUCGACUGCGAUGUUGCUUCUCUGAAUUUGUCUUAGGGGUCAUUUGGAAGGGCGAUAAGCUCAUCGAAGGGGUCCCAGAGACGAUGGAGCUACUGAGGAAAAUGGGAAAGAAAUUAGUUUUUGUAACAAACAACUCUAGAAAGUCAAGAAGACAAUACUCAAAGAAAUUCAGGUCACUUGGACUUGAAGUUACUGAGGAAGAGAUUUUUACAUCAUCGUUUGCGGCUGCCAUGUUCUUGAAGUUAAAUAAUUUUUCUCCAGAAAAGAAGGUUUAUGUUGUUGGUGAAGAUGGAAUCUUGGAAGAGCUCAAGUUAGCUGGUUUUGAAUGUUUUGGUGGUCCGGAGGAUGGCAAGAAAAACAUAAAGUUGGAGGCGGAUUUCUACUUUGAACAUGACAAAAGUGUUGGAGCUGUCAUUGUUGGACUUGAUCAAUACUUCAAUUAUUACAAAAUGCAGUAUGCAAGAAUAUGUAUUAGUGAGAAUCCAGGCUGCCUUUUCAUUGCGACCAACCGUGAUCCAACUGGGCAUAUGACAUCUGCCCAAGAAUGGCCAGGAGCUGGAACUAUGGUUGCUGCAGUAAGCUGCUCAGUACAGAAAGAACCCAUUGUUGUUGGAAAACCUUCAGGAUUUUUGAUGGACUUCCUCUUGAAAAGCUUCAAUCUGGAGACGUCAAGGAUGUGCAUGGUUGGUGAUAGACUGGACACAGACAUAUUAUUUGGCCAGAACACUGGUUGCAAGACCCUCCUUGUUUUGUCUGGUUGUACUAGCUUACCAGAACUGCAGGAUGCUUCCAAUAACAUCCAUCCAGAUGUGUACACGAACAGCGUGUAUGAUCUAGUUGGGUUACUGCAGAAGUAAUCUCUUGGACGCAUUGCAGCGUCAGAGCUCUGUCCUGACUAUGUUACCGCAAUCUCAGUACGCUUUGGAUAGCGCCUAUUAUCAGGAAUUAUUACGUGGAUAACUUACAUGAAAAGGUAGCAGUUGUGCUUGAAACAAGAAAUCUUUCUUUGGGUACCUGUUCUCUUGACAAUAUGUAACAAGGAGGGCAGCACAGCAUAUUAAUUGAAGUCAAUUGUAGUCCUUGCAUUACAGAUUAGACCAAUUUGACAACUUUGUAAGUGUACCAUGAGAUUUGUAAAGCUUUAUAAAUUUGGCAAUGCAAUUCAUUUGCCACUUUGUCAGCGUCGGAAAUAUAUUGAUUGGAGUA